CUCACUUCUCAAUUACUAGAAACUUUCGGACUACGUUAGUGGCGUUUAGUGUUGCGGCGUUCUGGACAUUUACAUAAAUAUUGCUGUACCAUGUCCUCGCAACCGUCCAUCGAGGUAGUACAAGAGAAAACAAUAACAGGAUGAAAAACAUAUCCUUUCAGUUGCAGAGAAUACAGUACGGAUGGACAUUAAGAUCCAAAGUCACAAGAGGUGCAUUGUAUGACUUAUUAUCUCUAAUGUCCGCGCCUGUAUCACCCAACCAGUGUCAUCUCAGGAUGUCUUUCACGCUGAUACUUCUUACAAUUGCAGGUCAGUUGUCACAAGUCAAGGAAUCGCUUCAAACAGAUGCAGGCUCAGAGGGACAAUCUUCCGAAGUUCCACCAUUCAAAGAUGCAGACUCAGGGGGACAAUCUUCCGAAGAUCUACCAUUCAAAGUGAAUACCUGGAUAUUGAUUGUGAUCGUGGCAGGAGCGAUUGUACUGGGAUUGAUUGUCAUUGCAAUCGUGUGGUUUGUCCGCAGAAAAAUAUCCAACGCCAGAAGGAACAGAAACAAUAGGGAUAAUCUAUGGACAACACCGGACAGCAAUACCUGUUCUCCAUAUCGAGUGAGCAUCAGGAGUUCAUUUAGGUUUUCACGUGAUCUGGAAACCCCAAGAGAACAAGAAUGUGAAAAUGCCUAUUGCGCCAGCCAGAGCACAGAGUUUUUGAACGACACGCAACACUCACCAAGAGGUCUCCACACGAAGCCUUAUUUCAUAACCUUUAGAGAGUAGUCAGUCGUCGCCGUAGGGUAAACCUUCACAGUAGCCUGUAAGCAAAAAGCAAACCAAGUUGAGGCAAUGUAUUUUGGCGAUGAAUGUCAACUGUUAUAUACGUCUCUGCUCAUCAUGUUUAGAAGUCAAAUGUUAAGUGUCAUUAUGGUUGAUAUUUUGCAAUAUGAGGUUGAUAUUGAAGAAUAAGAACAUGAAAAACCAGGAGCAGCGUGUUCUUCAGGCCAGUCUUGCCAUUUAAUAUUUCCGGGCCUCACCUCCUCCUCUGUAUCGAUUCUCUAUGGUCUCCAAUACGCCUAUUUUAAAAGCAUGUCAUUUACCUCUUCUUUAAGUCGUCCAGGUGAUGCAAAAUCUAUAAUAUCCAUUGGCAGAAAAUACUAGAGGAUCAUAUUUCGUUGACAAGCUGUGUUUUUCCAUCCGCAUGAUACAUGGGUCAUCUGUGACUUCAUGACAGCGCUCAGCAAGCAUUGAUACACAAUUGUUUGCAAGAUGCUCUCUUAAAAUAUCCAUCGAAAUACUGCUCUAUAAAGUAAGAACCUGUGUUCUUCUCUCUCGGACCAGAGCUUCAGAAAUAGAGAGAUAACAGCGCAAGUGCAACGGCUUUCCCACCUUAAAAAAUACUCCCCUACUCCUGUCCCUGUUGAAUAACACAGAAAGUUAACUGUCACUCGAGAUAUCUCCUUUAUCAGAGGUAGUCCCGCGUUCAGUCGCAAAUUCCUUAAGACCUAAAAAUGCCGCUCUAAGGUUGGAUAAGAUUGGACCGAGAGAAAGCUUCUGGUAGUGAGAGAGCCGAUGACCAGAGGGCGCAACCUCAGAAUAAAAGGGCAUUUCCUCAUCACAGUUGCGAUCUUCAAAUGAAUUCAUUAUCAACAUACGUGUAUGGCACCACUCUGAAAUUCUUUUCCUGUUAGCGUUUAGAGUAGUUGCAAACAAUGCAAUGGAAUCAUUUAUAUGUGUUUAUAUAAAUUUAAAGAGGAGUAUAAUUGGUUCCUGAUCCGUUAAAUUGUUAGCACUUCCGAGAGAGAAAUCAAAAGAAAUGCGUUUAUAGGGAAUAAUAAAUCAGCCAUAGUUGAUUCCAUGGGAGUAGAUUCCCUGGGAGGAAUAGCCUAAUUCUGCUCCUAUGCUUUACGCUCUUAUUGUCAGCUGUUUCUAGCCAUUGGGUAUAUCUAAAGGAGUGGUUUUGGGUUCUUCAUCGCUUAGGGCAUUAAAGGUUAGAGUAGUUAGUUGAGAGCGAAAAUAAAUUAGCCAUGAUGGAAUGGCAUAGAAGACGCGAUGGGUUGAAUGGCCAAAUUGUCCUCCUAUGUCUUAUGGUCACAUUGCCCUCUAUGUUGAUACGAUCUGCUGUAGAACAUACAGAUGCACAGUGUAGCAAGCCUUUAGGCCAACCAAUGACAAGCUCAACUGUUAUCACCUUCCAAACAAUUUGACACUCUUUCCAGAAAGGGAUAAGUUCAAUGCAAGCUAAGUGAGAUAACUCGCGCAUUAAGUAGAUAUUUGCUCAACAGAGAGAAGAAGUAGCGCAAUUACUGUAAUCUGCCUUAAAACGCCAGUGAUCUGGAUUCGAUCACGACCUCUGCGCCAGCCUGCAUAUGGAAUCUCCAUAUCCGUCCUAUUGCCGAGUGGAUUUCCUCUGGUAACUCCGGUUCCCUGACAUUUCCCAACGAAAACUAUACCAUUAUUUUCCACACUGGACGAUGCAAUUGUGUGCUAAAUAGGCUACAGCGAAAAAGUAACGGGGGUGGAGGGGACAAUAUUGCCCAGAAAAGCUUUGUCGGUUGAAUAUAAUCCAUCCACAUCACAAGGCAAUAUAGUAAAUAAAACAACGAAACAAACCGACGAUGUCCUGAGAUACAUAGAAAAAUAUUAUUCGUGACGACUAAAGCUCUGCUAAUCAUCAGAAAGAGACAUUAUUCUGAGUCUCCACCUGACUAAGCUGACAUCCAUAAGCAUACAUACUCAUCAAGAAUAGACUUAAGGAGCUAAUAUCAAGCCACUUGUUCGAUUAUCUGCAUGUUGAACUGUAUUCUAAUUCCGCUUACCAGCACUUGUCAAAGGGAUUUAUCUGGCGUGGCGAUUAUAGGCCUCGUCCAAAUGCUUUUAAAAAGUUGUGGACAGCCCCUGGCUCCACCAGCCACUCAGAACUGACGUUUUUGAUUCCAACCACCGAAGAUAAAAGACCGCUUCCCAUAAAUCUUCCAAUCUUCUGAACGACUUUGGUUCAAGAGCCUGAUGUUUAAUAAAUAAUAACUGUUGCUGAACCUGGAGGUUUGAGUCCUGAGGCUCCUCUGCCUUCUUCCUAAUAGCAGCAGCGCGAAGAGAAUAUAUACUGGCUGCUGAGGGUCUCUGAUGAUGGAUGCUGCUUUCCCGCUACAACACUUUGUGGAUAAGUACUCAGUGGUGGGGUGGAUUUUUCCGUGAUGGGCUAGGCCGUAUCUUUUACAUUUUGUGGGAUUUUCUGCUCAAGGGCACAGGUACUUCCAUACUCAACUACACUCAAUAUGCUCUCAACUGCACACCUUUAGAAGUUUGUCAAAGUUUUAGAUGUCGUGCCGAAUCUUCGUAAACUCUUAAGGAAUUAAGUGCGCUGCCGUACUUACUUCGUAAAUGCACUUACAUGCUGAGCCCAGGAGCCCCACCACCUCUGAUCCUCCGGUAAGCACUGGCUCAUGGAAUUCUGUUAUUCUUCUCCUGAAUAAAAUAAUCAGCUCUUUGGUCUUGCUGACAUUCAGUAAGAGAUCAUUCGGCCAGGUUUACACUCUAUUACUCCAGCACUUUCAGUAUGCCACUCUGGAUUCUCAGCAUCUGCAGAAUCCCUUGUGUUGAAAACUCUUAACGGAAUUUGCUUUAUCAAUGUGAAACCUAUGUCAAUUUUCAAUUAUCCUCACAUUCGUAAUUUAACCCGCUAAUUCCCAUCGAUGCAAAAGUCGCCUACAUUAAUUAAUUAAUUUGAAGCCCUUCACCUACUCCCGAACCACUCUGCACAUACCCACGACGACAAUGGGCGAGAUUUGUUGAAGUUAGCAUUUAAGUAAUUAUUAUCAUCUUCACAAAUGUAUGUUGGUAGAGUGCGUACUUUAAGUAGUUAUCCUGCCAUCUAAGAAUGCCAGAUGGAGGAGCUGAAUGAUAGUUCAGAAUGUUGCUUGCCAACGUGCAAUAAUUUCAUGUGUACGUCUGCAAAUGAUACCACAAUUUUUGAAAACAAAAAAGCAAUGUAUAAUUCAGUAUGAUCUUACUUUUCCGGAUAAGUUGCCAGAUGUAAUUUGGGAGUUAGUGCUAUUUUUAAGGACAUUUGAUUUUCUGAGACAAUUAUAUUUUUCUUCUGUCAGUCCGAUUGUAUUCUUUUUCGGCAGACCAUCGGGCAACCCAAAUGAAUAAUGCAUAGCAAUAAACAGGUGGA